UGAAAACAUUACUAUGAUCAGCAGUUUGAUAUUGCGUUUUGAUAUGGGACAAGCGGUAGUAAAAUGGAUGGAUCGCUAUGGUUUGCUGUUAAUCGACACCAGAACAAUCGAUCAACAAGGAAGUGGAUUAGAAUUCACGUCAAGUUUGCGCAAGAAAAAUGAGGCGGGCGUUGCAUUUUGUUUUUAAAGUUGGUGACCGAAACAAAACUGCUACAUUCUACCGCGAUGUCCUCGGCAUGAAGGUUUUGCGCCAUGAGGAGUUUGAUGAAGGCUGCAAAGCAACAUGCAAUGGACCUUACGAUGCCAAAUGGAGCAAGACUAUGGUUGGCUUCGGUCCAGAGGAUGAACACUUUGUGGCUGAGCUCACUUACAAUUAUGGGGUGGCUGAAUAUCAACUUGGAAAUGAUUUCUUGGGGCUAACCCUGCAGUCCAGCAAAGCUGUGAGCAAUGCCAAACGUCUGGGAUGGCCUCUGACUCAGGUAAAAGACGGCCUGUACCUGACCCAAGCUCCAGGUGGUUAUCCCUUCUACCUGGUGGACCAAGAGCAGCCUCACAAAGACCCUGUGCAAAAGGUUUGCCUUGGAGUUUCAGACCUCUCGAGGUCGACCCACUUCUGGUCUGCACUGCUAGGAAUGACAGUGAUAGAAAGAAGUGAUGAAAAGAAGACCGUGUUGCUGGGAUUUGGAGACACUGGGUGUAAACUGGAGCUUCACAACAUCAUUGGCACCGUAGACCAUGGCACAGCGUUUGGAAGGAUUGCAUUUUCAUGCCCCAGGGAUCAGCUUACUGACCUUGAAGCCAUGAUGAAAAAGGAAAGUCAGAAAAUUCUCACACCUUUAGUCAGCCUGGACACACCUGGGAAAGCCACCGUGGAAGUUGUUAUUUUGGCUGACCCUGAUGGCCAUGAGAUUUGCUUCGUAGGAGAUGAAGCAUUCCGAGAGCUUUCCACAGUGGACCCCAAAGGCAAGGAGUUGCUUGAAAAGGCGAUGGCUGACGACAAAAGCAAUGAGUGGUUUGCCAAGCACAACAGACAGAAAGCUGCUGCAUGAGACUGACUUCAAAACUGUCAACUCUUUCUUAAAGUGCAUUGUACUGUUGUUGCACAUAUUUAGUAAUUGAGUGGCAUGUCAAUUAGUUUGUUUGAUUCAUGAAGUAAUCAAUAAUAACAUCAUAGUUUCAAUGCAUAUUUUAGUCACAAUUGUUUAAAUAAACCAAUAUUUUGCUGCUUGCCAUAAA